CCCUCCACAAACCCCCCAUCACAUCCUCCCUUCUUGCUGAGCUGAGCACGCCCUCUGCCACACGCCCCUUCUCUCACAGAACUUCGGGUCUGAGGCAAUGGCGGCGCUCGCUCCGACGAAGAUGCUCGGCACCCGGCUCAACUUUGCCGGCUCCUCCACCUAUGCCACAGCGGCACCGAAGGCACAAAAGAUCGUCUCUCUCUUUGAUCGCUUCAAGUCGAAGCCUGCCCCAAAGGCGAAGCCCGCUCCCGUGGCCUCUACAGCGGUGGGCAUCGACGAUGAGCUCGCCAAGUGGUACGGCCCUGACAGGAGGAUCUACUUGCCCAAUGGUCUCCUUGACCGGGACGAGGUGCCGGAGUACCUCAAUGGAGAGGUUCCCGGAGACUAUGGCUACGAUCCUUUUGGUCUGGGAAAGAAGCCAGAGGACUUCGCCAAGUACCAGGCCUUUGAGCUCAUCCACGCAAGGUGGGCCAUGCUCGGCGCCGCCGGCUUCAUCAUCCCAGAGGCGUUGAACAAGUACGGCGCAAACUGCGGUCCCGAGGCCGUCUGGUUCAAGACCGGCGCCCUUCUCCUUGAUGGCAACACCCUCAACUACUUCGGCAGUAGCAUUCCCAUCAACCUGAUCGUCGCCGUCGCGGCCGAGGUCGUCCUCGUCGGAGGCGCCGAGUACUACAGGAUCACCAAUGGACUGGACUUCGAUGACAAGCUCCACCCCGGCGGCCCAUUCGACCCUCUCGGCCUCGCCACCGACCCCGACCAGGCGGCGCUGCUCAAGGUGAAGGAGAUCAAGAACGGACGCCUGGCCAUGUUCUCCAUGCUGGGUUUCUUCAUCCAGGCCUACGUCACCGGCCAGGGCCCCUACGAGAACCUGUGCGCGCACCUCAGCGACCCCUUCGGCAACAACCUGCUCACCGUCAUCUCGGGCGCCGCCGAGAGGACGCCCAGCCUGUAAGCUCGCCGUUAAUUGCAAGUUCGUCCGCCGCCAUCGCUUUGUCGAUGAUCAGCUGCAUGCGUGCAAUGCAGCAUGAUGCGCUGUGUUAAUUUUACCGGGAAAAGUAUCAAGAGUACGGAUGUGCCCGUGCGUGUAAAUUAUCAAGGCCAGAAGAAACAUGAUCUUUCUGAUUUCUUA